ACGCGUGUGUCAGGAACGCGCAUACAUUUCUGUCGUGACUGGCCAGAAGGCGGCGCAGAGGGGACGUGAAGGGGUAGAGGCUUGGGAGAACAAACAGGCGCGUAGAUAGGCCAGCUCAUACGGUGGAGUUUCCGCAGCGAGCUACGGAAUCAUCCUAUGCUCGUAGGUUGCCGCGCGUGACUCGUGUUUAGAGGGUUCCUCGUCGAUGGUCACGCGUCGUGUCAACGCGAAUAGUGACUAAUGACAUUUGACAACGACACGAUCGCGCCGCGUUUAAAAAGGGUGGUUCGAUGAGUAUUCACGAAAAUUAAUCGCGGAUAACUCUGAACAGGAAAAGAGGGUAAAUGCCGUGUAACUGGUUUGCGAACUGAUCGUCGGUAUCAAGGCGAUACGACGAGCUGCUGUGCCUGUGCUACUCGUGGUGGCGAGUGGCAGUGGUAGUGGUGGUCGUGGCGGUGGUGGUGGCUUUCUAUCGUGGUGGUGCCCGUUGGUAGCCGAGACUCAUAUCGUGGUGGUGGUGGUAGUAGUGGUGGUGCUGUCAGAAUAGUGCUGCGCCUCGUUCGGUGACGGUGGCAAGGGAGAGAAGGAAAAGUGGCCCUCGAGGUUACGAGGCCAGAGGAGAAAGUGGGUGUUGCCGGGAGUGACAACGGGAGGAUCAUCCAGGUCCUCGACGCCAGGACUCGUGGAACAGGGGAAUCGGAGUAUAGGAUGCUCGUCGGUCGACGAUCCAGGAGUCGACGUCUCCUAACCGAGAGCCUGAUCCUCGUUGAUCGUGUGCCUCGGUGCCUUCGACGUUGAAAAUUUGCGGACAGGAUGGCAGGAUCGAGCCGGGAACCUCGGCCAGGCCCUAAACGACAAUCUUCAUCCCUCGUAAGUCGUCGCGACAGACGAAGCUGGUCUUCGUUCGAUUAAAGGGCUGCUUCGAACGACGAAGGGUGAAAGAGAGAGGAGGGGUGGUGGUUAGGUUGGCGUCGCGAUCGAGAUGAGCGAUCUACAGGCCACUCUCGAGUUCUCCCUCGAGCUCUGCAAGUUCUACAAUGUCGACCUGUUCCAGCGUGGGUAUUACCAGAUACGAACUGCCCUCAGAGUGUCGCCCAAACUGCCUGUCAAGGUGGAGGUUAACCAGUUACGCAACCACUCGUUGGAGGCGCCUGGGACCAGCAAGCGUUUUCAGAUCCUCUACAGAAACGAAGAGGUGACACUCGGCACCUCGGUCUUAUUCCGAGCUCACGUGCUGGUGCACAGUCACAAGAUCGAGGAGAUUCUCUCCCGCACCCACUUCAAUCUCGGCGUCGAGCUAUGGUUCAGCGAGCCGACGCAACCAGGAAACAUGGCCUGCGUGUCGUCUAGGGCGUUGCAGCUGAACUUUGCGCCCACGAAGGGGCUUCACUAUCAUUUGCCGGUGCUCUUCGACUACUUUCAUCUUGCCGCCGUCUCCAUCACGAUUCACGCCUGCCUCGUGGCCCUUCAUCAACCUUACAUCAAGAAGAGCAUACUUCAUUAUGUCCAGAGCUGCGCGCCGCGUGGAGGGAAACCGUGGCUGCAAUUUAAACAGACUGCGGCAAACGGGGACAACAAUGCUCAGUUAGGAAAUAUCGAAACAACAACGAGGUGCGUUGGUUCAGCCACGAGGAUACAACACGCGAAAUUAGUUCAACAGGAAGUAAUCAGGUUACUUUUGGCCGCGAGGGAAUCUUUGCUCAACGACUUAGCCGAUCUAGCGCGUCUGCUACCUUCUUGCCAGCAAAGAGCGCUCGAGCUUGCUCAGAAUACGCACAAAGAAAUUACUAAGUUACAGAUGAUGGACACGGAGGAGACUGAUGUCGCUCAACUCUGCGCACAAAAUAUCGUUCUCUGGCAACAUUUUCUGGAAGCGUUCUCCGGACGCGAGGCUGUUCAUCAGCAUCUUGCGAGGAUCCAUCAUCAGCUAAGGGUGAAACGUUUUGCGGAAGGUUUCUUCGUGCUAGAAAACCCUAGGACAUCCGCAUGGGGCUGUUACGAUGCGAACUACCAGUCGUAUCAGGCGGUGAGCGAAGCCGCAAGAAGAUCGCGAUAUCUGUCCUUGUUGCCUCCGCUCCCAGUGCACUGUACGGAAUUGGACGGAGAUCUUCACUCUCUGCCUUUGAUCUUCGAGGAUCAGUACGUGGAUAUGAAGCAGAGGCACAGAAACAGCGUUCCCGGCAUCGACGACUGCAGUUGCGGCAUAGCAGCAAUCCUAGAGUCGCGAUCCAUGGGAAUCUGGUCACCAAGGAGCGAAGGCGCGGCUCAGGAUAUCGGUUCGGUUCAAGGUCGUCUCAUGCUCACUCCAUCCACGCUUCCUGCUAGGCACAGCAAAUCCUUGGACCAACUAGGUCCAGACAUCGCUCCAGUUCAACCAAGGACAUCGCCAAAGACGCUUCCUCGAUCCGUGUCCACGCAGCUGUUUCCAAGACAAAGAGGCGGGGCGCGAAACGUUACUCCACCAGCGACAGUUCCUUCGAGAGGAAGGCAAAGGUCGACAGCGCCGUCCAGUAGCACGCUUUUCCCUCCUUCGGGGCAGCAAGCCUGCUCCGCUCCAAACCCAUCCCUAGGAUCGACACCCGUGAUCCCGUUGCCUCGCGCCAAGUCUACGCAAAUGUUGGUGUUGCCCAGACAACAGAAUGAUCCUCAGAACACCUCGAUAACGUCGCUCCUCGCGGCUAUGUUUCCUGAAAUACCGCCAGGAGGACAGUUACCUGGGUACAGGCCGUCGAACAAGUCCUGCGAACAAACUCUUACGGUACCCACCUGUCUGGGAACGAUGGACCAUGCUCAGAUGACAGAUUGCUGGAGCGAGAAUAAGGCUCCCAAUAUUAAUGAAGAUUACCAUUCUCUGGAUACAAGAAGAAUUCGGCUAGAGCCACGCAGUCACCGAUUACCAACGCGUCACCCACUGUCGACCGCCAACGACCAAAACAACUUUUUACCAUUAAAAGCGAGCGUCAAUGGCGACACGUUUCUCCCAGAACAACAGCCGCUUCACACAGCCACCCUGGACAGAGUGACCUAUCGAGGAAAUUCCCGUAAACAAACGCAUCAAACUGGUGGCAAAUACAGUCAAACGAAUGGUCUAGAGUCUCGCAGGUAUCACACAAUUGGUAAAACUGGCUCCGGUUUAAGCCAGCGAAAUCGAGAGUUUCAGGAUUCAAUGAAUGGCGGAGGGUUACCCAGCAGUCAUUCGAUGAUGGCUGAUCCUUUGUAUAAAAGAUCCAAUUACACGUCGACAACUACAGACUCCUUCUUCUAUCGAACAAAUGGCACCAGUGGGAGAACACGUGGAGAACCAGAGAGACCAAGGAGACCAAAAAGCACAGAAAGAUUAGUAGAUGACGUUGAUCGUAACGAGUAUUGUGAUUUUCGAAGAGAAAGACCAAGAAGAAGAGAGGAGAGGUCUGCUAUCAAGAGCCCUCGUAAUGGCGUCGCGCCUUGUUACGGAGAAGCAGAGAAACAUAGGAGGCCACAUAGCGAAGAUAAGAUGCAAGAAUUAACUAACGAGAUGUUUUAUAAGGUGAUGACAGCUAUGUCUGAACCGAAGAAGGAACAACGUGUGGAGAAGAGGAAGGACAGGCAUGGAAGAAGACCGCAUUCUGCGCCUGUUUUGGAUAUUGAUCAUCCGGCUGAGGAGAAUAGGAAGUGUAGUCAUAGGAAUAGGAAACCAGCACCUCCUCCUCCAGCUUAUCAGGAUCCUGCGGUGGCUCCGCUGCCAAAGUACAGGCCUCCGCCUCCGGUAACCACGACGAGCGUCCUGGGGGUGGAGAAUAAUAAUAAAAUUAUCCUGAAGGUGGAGCCCAUCAAGUCUCCCAUGGAGGCGCCAGCAACGAAUGGAACAACACCAUCCGACACCUUCAGCGCUGUCCCAGCGCCAAGCGUGAAAAGACUGAGAUGCGCGAGUGUGCCAGUUGCGCAGAACAAAGUUGUGGUACCACGAAGCGCUGUAUCGUUACCUUGCAUGCCCAUACGCGACAGCAAGGACAGCCUUAGCAACAAUCUUCCCGUCAUUCCGAAUCCUCUCAGCCCGCCGUCCAGCAGACCGAGUAGCCCAACGAUGAGCUCCAGUUCCAGUAACCUUACGUCCGAGUGUUCCGGAUGGGUCAGCAGCGGGGACACGUCUAGCUCCGAGCAGCGUCGAAACGCGAAGCUAUCGAGCGAACAGCUUCGUCAAAAAUUGUCAAAAAUCGUACCAAGAAAAGAAAGACCCGCUCCAACGAAAGAAAGCGUAGAAGAGCAUUCGUACGAAGAAGUACGACUUCCGCCUCCUAAAAUGUUCCAGGACGAACCACCGCCUCCAGAGGAAUUUCGUGAUCCGCCUGCUAUCAUCGAUAAUCCUUUGUAUCACGUUUACGAGACGGUGAAACCGGUUAGAAGUCCUAAACAGACGAAGACUGCGCCGUGCAGUCCUCAGAAGAAUAGAGAUAGGGAGAGGGAGAGGGAGAGAGAUAGAGAUCUUCCAUAUGGAGCUAGAGAUAUUUGUUUAGAUUGUUAUCAAGAGGGCAAGGAAGUGUUACAGUCGAUUCAGGAUGAUUCGAUUAAUUUUAAAAAAUACAAGGAAGCGUUCAAGAGGCAGAUGAGCUUCUCAGGGAAGAUUUACAGAGAACACAAGGAAGCGCAGUUGCGUUUCCAUAAACGUGCCCAUUCCUUUGGAUACGGUGACUUCUUGACCCCGUCGUCGGUAAAACCUCUAAGAUCGAAUGUGCCUCUUAGUGAUUAUGCGACCCUGGCCUCGACCAUGCCGUACUUCCACAUCAGCAACGAGUACCGGGUGUUCUCGCCGGAAGGAGCUCAUCUGAUUAUCUGCGUGCACGGUCUCGAUGGCAACCCUGCUGAUCUUCGUUUGAUCAAGACGUACUUGGAACUGAGUCUUCCCGGAACGCACCUAGAUUUUUUAAUGUCUGAGAGAAAUCAAGGUGACACAUUUUCGGACUUCGAUACAAUGACGGAUCGACUGGUAGCCGAGAUUCUGCAUCACAUCGAGACGUCGGGCCUGAACCCGACGAAAGUCAGCUUUAUUGGACAUUCUUUAGGGACCAUCAUCAUAAGAAGCGCUCUGACGCGGCCUCAAUUACGGCCGCUUCUUCCACGUUUACACACCUUUCUCAGCCUAAGCGGUCCACACUUAGGUACACUGUACAACACCAGUGGAUUAGUUAACGCAGGUAUGUGGUUCAUGCAGAAGCUGAAGAAGUCCGUCUCGUUGCUGCAACUGGCUAUGAGAGAUGCGCCGAAUGUUAGACGGUCGUUCAUGUUCCGCCUCAGUCAGAAGAGCAAUCUCGAGAAAUUCAAACACGUGCUGCUGUGCGGGAGCUCGCAGGAUCGAUACGUGCCGUUUCAUUCUGCUCGUAUAGAACUCUGCAAAGCCGCCGUACGAGAUUCGACCGAUCAAGGUGCAGCAUAUCGUGAGAUGGUGCACAACAUCCUGUACCCGGUGAUGUCCUCGUCAGGAGUAAGUUUAGUGAGGUACGACGUGCACCACGCGUUACCUGCGACGGCAAACGCUCUGAUUGGCCGAGCCGCGCACAUCGCCGUCCUCGAUUCCGAGCUUUUCAUCGAGAAGUUCCUGCUGGUGGCUGGUGUGAAAUACUUCAGAUAAGGAACGGACUGCCUAGCGACUUAAAUGACGAACCGUUAAAGGAACAAGAUAAAAAUAUGAAGAGAAACUAGUCUAAUACUAGCGAAUUAACUAGCAACAGGGAGAGAUGAACAUAAAAAAAAAGAAAAAAGAAGAAUAAAGUCGAGAACGGAUUCUCGUAACUCUCCGUGUCGUCUUCGAUCGCAUUAGGAAUAAUUAGCGCGUCCUGCUCGAUAAUUGCCCCGCUUCUAAACUAAAAUAUCUUCGCCUCUUUUUUCAACGCUUGCUUCGUUUCUCUUCUUCCAAACGGUGGAAAAUUGGUCGUUCGAUCGAUCAGAAGCGGGGCAAUUCCAACGUUUUUACACACAAGUGGCCACAUCGUUCGGACAUGUUUUAAUAUAAGAACGUCGUCGAUCAGUUUCUCUCGUUAGGUUCCUAAGUGUCAUUCCAUCGUGGCGCCAUUCGAUGCGCGUCCCUCGCCCUCCAUUUCGACGAUUCAUCGACCCAUCGAACGAUUGUAACGUAUUGUAACGAAUGGACCUAUGCCUGCGCGAAGAAUGGGCCUACGUGAAUGCUUGUUUCCGCAGCUGGCUCUUCUCUCAAUGGAAGAAAAUCACGAAACGAGUAGCUUGAGAUUGGUUUAGGGUGGUUUCAUGGUCGAUGGUGUUGGAUGUGUUCACUGUUAUCUGAGACGAGUACGCGGAAGCAUUUAGGAAAAAUAGAAACGUUAGAUGAUAGAGUGGGAAUUUCAUGAAAAAUUAGAUAGAAAUGGCGGAGUUUUUAUUACUGACGUGCUACGUUACGUGUACUUUUACUCCUCUGUAAGCAAACCGAAUUAUCAACGAUUCCGAAUGUCUCGAAUAAUUUAAUUUUUAUCGGGAGAUCUUUUAACUUAACGCAGGAUCGUACAGUGCAAUGUGCAGAGAUGCAAAAAUGUUUAGUGACGCCUACUAAAAAGAAUACUGGGAAUACAGUAAUUUUCAACAACGGAUUCGAUAAGAGUUUCGAUUAAUAGUAACAUAAAUUUAUGUGCCAAUAAUCUUCUCACUUACUUGUCUUCGACAAUCUUCUCAAGGACCAUAGAAUUUUCUCAGAUUUGUCGAAGAUCCGUAAUUACGAAGGAGUUAGACUUGAAAAUAAUCUUACUUACAUCGUCUGUAAGUUCUAUGGAUGAACAUGUUUGCCUAUAGAGGAUUAAUGAUGACUCACAAGAUCAAAUCUUCUGACAAUGAAAUGGAAUACUGAUAGAAAAUGAUUUAUACAGGAUAUAGUAAAUGGAAUAUUUGGUCAGUGAUUUAACUUGAAUUAAAUGGGAAUUGAUGUACAAUAUCUAAAUAGAAACUGGAAUUGAAACUUCCUUUUUAUGAUGAUAAUUGUGAUAUAUACAUGAAUACUGCUAUAAUAAUGGUGCUCUGCUUCUUAUCUAUAUCGUUGUUAGUCUGUAUUCCAUUAAUUUAUCCAUCGAGAUGUAAUCUGUCUAUUAACACUUCUGUAACAAGCAUUCCAUUAAUUAUUAAUUCAGAGCUAAGAUAAUUUGUCAAGUUUCAUUUGUUUCUACGCAUACACAUACAUAUGUAUACGUGUCUAUUCAGAACAUCUUUCUUGAAAGCAACGCAACAAUAUUUCUCUAUAGAAAUGUUAAUAAUUCAACGUAUAUUAUGGUAAGUUAAAUCACUGGUUAUGAGUCACUGAUUAAUGAUAAUGAACGUUUACGUAAGAUUACAGAAACUACGCCAAACCAUCCUAAAGCAAUUGAAAACCAAUUUAAAUAUCGAGUUUUCGGCCUAUCGCAAAACCCGAUGCUGUCGAGUAAUUCCCACGGUAGAAAAGAGGAAUAGAAAAACGGGAAACGAAUAAUCAAUUCAUUAAAAGAUGAUCGAGACACGAAUAAAGGAUCGUUCGAACGAUCCUCAUCGACAUCUAUCAUCGUCAUCGACAUCGAUAUCGCGUCAUCGAUUCCAACCGGAAAAUCCGUUUUAACAUCACUGCGAAAAAAAAGCAAGAAAAGAAUCUCUCGUUAACAAAAUAAUUAAAACGAGAAAGGACAAAAUCGUGAACUCGCCUUUUUUCCCGCUUCUUUUUAAGACUCGAGAGAACACAGCGACGCAUCGCAUGACGGGUUUCACCGUGGCUCCUUUUAACGUAGCCCGGUGUCGAAAAAACAAAAAGAAAAAAAACGGAAAAAUCUAAAAGAAACUCAAAAAAAUAUACGAUGUAUAUUAUAGAAAACGAAAAAACAAAUUAAGACAAUGCAGGGACACAUUGUCUAGACGCUAGGAAAGUUACGAAACGCAUGUCAAUUGUUACUCUCAGAUAAGUGUGAGUGCGUGCGGUGUGCGGAGGAUGGAUGAGACGCGUAAAGUAUGAAAGCAAGAGAGAGAGAGAGAGAGAGAGAGAGAGCGUGAGAGUAUCUUAAUUUAAAAAGAAAAGAAAAACGAAACACAGAAAAUAAAAUACUAAGAAAAUGGCAAACAUUGCGGGAAGAGAUAAGGAAAGAAGGUGUGUAGGGAUACAAGGUACGACGAGGAAUCUCGAGAUGAUCGUUACGUCGAAGAAACUUACAGACACAAGAUAUCAAAUGUUUUUUACGUUCGAAUGGUGAUAGUGAGACGAUGAUAGUGAAACGACGAUAGUGAAAAUUAACGGACAGAAGCAAGACGAGCAAGAGGAAUAGUAGAGGAAUAAAAACACGAGGAGAAUGAGACAAGUGACUAAACAUUUUCAGGUAUAUGAAAUCCCUCCAAUACUAGAUCUCAAUUGCUCAGAACAAUCUAAGUAAAAAUGUUAUACAUUUAAUCGUAAAAUCGAAGCAACGAAGACGCGCGGCUAUGUCGCGUCUCUUAAUUGCUAAUCGUGAAUGUCAUCGAAAGAAUGGAAGAGAGAGAGAGAGAUACGUGUGCAAUUUUGACGUUUUCCAGGAUGGAAGAAGAGGGAGGAGGUCAUGAGUCGAUGAGAUACGCCGCGCUACGCCGAUACGAUUAUGGCAAUUUGAUUUUUCCACGCGACUGGAUGAAAGUCAUUUCGCGAAGCAUUUAAUCUGUUGCUAUUUUUUUUACAAAGUGUGGUUAAAUACUUUGAUUAACGUGUUUGUCGAUAAUUGAGUUUAUUUAUUUAUUGUUGUGAGAAUUGUCGUUGAAGCUAAUGUUUUUCAUUGAUUAUAUAUAUUUUUUUUUUAAUUUUAAGCCUUUACUUAUACCAGGUAACGCGAUUAUUAACGUAUUUGUUAAAUAUAAAUCUAAUAAUUCGUCUAUAAUUUACAUCGAUUAUAUAUUACAUUACACACUUUAUAAGUAUUUGAAUUAGUUAAUAAUUUUAAUCAAAAUUCAAAUAAAUUCUAACGUAACGAUUAAAAUCUGGACACGUUGAAAACAAUUUACAGAGCAUUAUUUGUAAACAAUUUUUACAUGAUUUUCUAUGCAUGUAGUGCAGGAAAAUUGCAAUGUCGUACGGCGAUUCUUCUUGUAAUAUCGUUAAGUGUAAACCCACUGCGCCCAAUAUAAACGUUUACCCAUGAAAUUGUCGUGUAAGCCGUUUACAUCGUAAAGAAAAUAAAAAAAAAAAAAAGAAAGAAAAAUGUUGCGCGUACUCGCGAAAAAUCGUGUAACGUUGUACACGUUCCGCGUCGCGCGAUGUGUUGCUAUACGGUUCAUCGGAAUUCUAGAACGAAUACUGCUUCUUCAGGACCACAGUAUCUUCGUAUCUUCGUAUUCGUCUUCGUUCGUCCGAGUCUCACACUCGUAACAACUGUCAAGCACAAAAGAGUUUUUAGAAUUUUUCCUGUCCAUCUAUAAGGUCACAUGGUUUUCGUUCAUUUUUCUUUCACGCAUUACGCUCUGUCGUUACUUACGAUCGUCGGAUUAUCGAGCGUGCGUUAGGAGCGAAGAGAAAGCAUUUGCAUUUGAAAUGUCAGAGAAUGGUUGUUUUUCAAUCUGUUUAAUUUCAAUCGAUGUUCUAUUUGAUAUCAAAAUGUACAUUCAAUUUUACUACUCUAGAUGAUACGUAUAUUUGUCUUACCUUCAUAAGGUGUUCGUGCGAUUAUUAAAUUAUUAACCAACAUGGUUUUCCUAAAUGACAAGUGUACAAUCGAACGUGGAAAGCAACCAAUUAAUCUGUUACAAGGCAAUUUUUCUCUCUUCGCUUCUUCUCCACUCGCGCGUUCCCAUUGAUUUCUCAGCCGUUGUUCGUCGCACACUCGCACGUAUAUCCUUUUUCUAAUCUCUUUGUAAUAUCUGGAACGUGUCAUCGCACGAACGAUCGUUCUUCGACGCGAUCUCGUUCUUGCGUCCUUGCGACGCAUCUUCUCGGCGUCGUGUUUUCGAUAUAUCGUGCCACUUCGAAUUUGUUCUUCGUUCGAAGAAAUUCUUCGAGUUUACGCGAGAAGAGAAUAGAGGAGGCGUGCCACCCGAAGAACGAUGAAACACGCGUUCUACCCCGUUUGUCGAUCGAUAGAAAGAGCGAAUGGUCGCGAACUCGGCGCGAAGCGGUAGAAAGAUUCGACGAAGCUAAAUAGUGCGAAGAGUUCGAAUGCGAUUCUGGUCGAAGGAAUUUUCAGUGCUGUCCUAUUGUUUGCUCAAUUGUACGUCGUUGUGUCUAAUUGUACGUUUAAUGCGCGUUCUAGUUAAUCGCCAAUCGAUUUUGUACUCUUAACCCACACCCCUGUAAUGUUAAGUUUUUACCGAUUUUACCGUUUCUACCGCAAUUUCUUGGCUCGGCCAUCGUAAAGAUUAAUGAAACGGGAAGAUAUUCAAAGAUCAUUGGAACUCAGAUAUGCCUGUUACUAAUACGAUUUUUAGCUGCCAUUAUAUUCGAGCCAUUUUGAUACUGAAGGUAUCGGAAUCUUUCUUUUUAUACGAUAAACGUGAAAGCAGAUUGAAUUUGUUACGAUUCAAUACGUUUUCGAAGAUUUAAAUCUCAGAAGGACAAUUGAGUUUUAAAUAAAAACGAAAAUAAGGGACAAGUAUAUUACUUUGAUAAACGUCGUAAAAGAAUAUUCAGGCAUAUCUAUGUUAAUUGAUGAACAUAAUGGAAGAACAAAGUAAUUUUUUCUUGAUUAGGUAGAAGAGAAAAGGAAAGGAAGAAUAAUGUUAAACAAAUUCUUGAAAUUCCUUUUCAUAAUUACGAUGUGAAUUCGAUAGAAUUCGAUAAUGUAAAUCAAUUAAAAAAGAAUUAUAAACGUCAUGUCGCGUUAAUGAAACUUUGCUCCUUAAUGGAUUAAAAAAAUUCUCUUUGUCCCCUGUAGGGGCGUUGGUCCUUUACCUUUCGCUGUGGUCGCCGAGUCAUCGGUUUUUCAUCUUUUUGUAUUCGUCUUUAGCGACGUGAUUUCGCCCAAACGCGAACGAGGAAUGGGUUCUUUCGAAGCGAAAACGAAUCGCUAACGUUCGUUAGAGCAGAUUGAGAAAAGGGAGAACGAAAUAAAGGAGAACGAAAGAAGUACGCGACUUGGAUGGAAAACGGUAUUUUCCAGGCGACCGAUCGCGAUUCUUCUUCUCUGGAUAUUGCACGAUCGUUGGAAUCGUUUCGAUAGAUCUCGUCGCUGUAUUCGUUGGACGAGAACAAUCGUAAACAUCAGCGUCGUAAUCGAAACGAUAUGUUCGAGUGUCGCUGGAAUGCGAAACGAUCGUCGAUCGAAUGGUUCACUGCGGAAGGAGGGCAGGUGAAUAAAAAACAAUAGAGAAAAGAGAGGAGGAUAGAAGGAGAUAAAGGGAGGGGAACUAAAUCGAUGAAGAACGUUUGUAGUUGCGGUAACGCAAUGUCAAUGAACAAGUAACAACAAUGUAUACACUAUACAUAAUAUACGAAUGCAUAUGAAAAGUGAAUAAAUCUACGUAUACAAAAAUGAGAUAGAUUAAUAAAAAAAAAAAAGAUUCA